GCGAUCCGAAGAACAAACACCAAACGGAUAAAAUAGCUUGCGAGUGCGACGAGAGCAGAAAGUCGGUCAAUUUGUCUGCGCCGUGUUGUGUUGACUUAAUUCGGCGGCAAAUAUUUGCAUGACGUUGAUUUUAUUGCACUCCACGCCUGCAAAAAGCAAUCGGCAUAAUUCGCUCAGUGGAAUCAAAAGGGCGUCGACACUCAACUCGAUAUUUCUUCCAAGUUUAAUUCGUCACUUCAAGAUGAGCCGAAUGACAAGCACUACUACCCUGGUCACUGGCUCGGUUGACUCGGUGGCGGCCAAUCUCAAGGCUGAAGAGGCAGCCGCUCAAAAUCCAAAACCCCGUAGACUAACACAGUACAUUGCUGCAGUUUCAGCAACGUUGGGUGCUUUUGCGUUGGGAAAUGUAAUCGGCUGGUCGUCGCCGGCAAGUGGUCGUCUGCAGGGCGACACGUCCGAGGUUGACUUUGACGUGUCGGCGUCCGAGUUCGCGUGGGUCGGCUCGCUGCUGACAAUCGGCGCUGCCGCCUCCACUUUUCCUGCAGGCAUCCUGGUCGAACGCGUUGGCCGAAAGCAGACCAUGUUCUGGACUGCGCUGCCCUUCAUCUUCGGAUGGGCGCUCAUCCUCUUUGCGUCCGGCGUCGAAAUGCUUUACGCGGGACGACUUAUCACUGGAUUCUGUGGUGGCGUUUUCAGUGUGGCGUGCAAUUUGUAUGUGGGUGAGAUUGCUGAAAAGGAGAUCCGAGGCGCCCUGGGCACCCUCUUCCAACUGAUGGUGGUUGUCGGCAUCGAGUUUGUCUUUGUUCUCGGCGCAUUUAUCUCCCUAACCGCUCUCAAUGCGGUCUGCUUGAGCGUGCCCGUCAUUUUCGGCUUCCUCUUUUUCUGGAUGCCCGAGACGCCGCAAUUCCACCUCAAGAUGAAGAGACGGGAAGAAGCCCACAGAGCCCUGCAGUGGUUCCGUGGAGGUGCAGAUUGCGAGUUUGAACUGCGCGAAAUGCAGCAAAAUUCUGAAAGUCAGCGCAGCGUCCCAGUGACUAGAAUGCUGGACACGUUGGCCGCAAGAAGGGCCCUGAUGGUGUCGAUCGGUCUGAUGGCCUGUCAGCAACUGUCCGGCAUCAACGCCGUCGUUUUCUACACGGAAGAUCUCUUCAAGGCGGCCGGUUCGUCGCUUGAGAGCCGCUACUCGGUGAUUGUUGUAGGUGCCGUGCAACUCGUGGCCACCGUGGCCGCCCUGCUCGUCAUCGACCGCCUUGGCCGCCGACUCCUCAUGUCCGCCUCUCAGGCCGCAAUGGCCGCUUGCACCCUUUUCCUCGGCGUCUACCUCUACUUUAGAGAGGUAGAUGAGUUAAGCGUGUCGGGAUUAGGUUGGCUUCCCAUACUCCUGAUUUGCAUCUAUUUUGUUGCCUUCUCCCUCGGAGCUGGACCAAUUCCGUGGUUGAUGCUCGGAGAACUUUUCCCCGCAGAAAUCAAAGGCUCCGCAUCGGCUUUGUCAGCGUGCAUCAACUGGCUAAUUGCCUUCCUUGUUACCAGAUUCUAUGGGGACUUGGUGUCUUGGCUCAAUGGGUCCUCAACAUUUUGGAUCUUUACAAUCCUUCUGCUGGCAGGCUUGGCUUUCGUCCACUUCUUUGUACCUGAAACGCGCGGCAAGAGUCUCGACGACAUCCAAGAUAUUUUGGCCAGCAAAAACUCGGCGCACAACAACCUGACGCAAUUUUCGCCAAACAGCAUUGCUCUCUCCAAAAAGGAGCAACACCACACUGUUGACAUGCAACAACGAUUUUGAGGAUUUUAAUCUUUUUGUGAUAUGAAGGAAGUCUUUUAUUCUAAUCGGUGUAAAGAGUUAUUAUUUGCUUAUUUUAAACUUUGGAAACAUUUUGUAUUUUAUAAAUUGGUGCAAUAUAUUUAAAACAAUUAAUCUGAUAUGUAUGAUCUUGAUAUAUGAAGCGUGGAGCGUGGAUUUUGCUUACCUCUUAUCAUGUGUUCUAUUUUUAUUAUAUUACGUUUCGCACACAUUAUUUGUUGUUCACCUGCUUUUAAAUUGCCAGCAACAUUUUAAAUGAAGCGUUAAUACUUGUCGAAAUUAUCAGAUUUCCAUCCAAUAAAGCUAUUUUUUCUCUCACUCAAAGAUUAACUGCUGGGAACACAAGUGUAUUGAAUAUAUGAUAAUUUUUUUCCCAGAAAUUGGUUUAUUUUAUUUAUUGUUCAAUAAAAAAAUUAUAUAAUUUUAUUUUCUAAAACUGAAAA